GCGGCCGGAGCUUUCGGCCUCAGUCAGGCGCUCGGCUCCGUUUCGGUUUCACUUCCGGUGAGGGGCCGCCUCCGAGCGGGCGGUGAGCCGACGGCUAGCGCGGGUGGCGGCGGUGACGGCGGCGCCGCUGCCGGGGGGCGUGCGGGAGCGCGGCGGCGGCGGCGGCGGCGGCGGCGGCGGCGGCGGCGGCUGGGCCUCUUGCGCCCGCAGCCCACCUCUCGGGGGCGGGCUCCCGGCGCGAGCAGGGCUUUCGAGAAGAUGGAGGAGCUGGUGGUGGAAGUGCGGGGCUCCAAUGGCGCUUUCUACAAGGCUUUUGUAAAGGAUGUUCAUGAGGAUUCAAUAACCGUUGCAUUUGAAAACAACUGGCAGCCAGAGAGGCAGAUUCCAUUCCAUGAUGUGAGAUUCCCACCACCCGUAGGUUAUAAUAAAGAUAUAAAUGAAAGUGACGAAGUUGAGGUUUAUUCCAGAGCAAAUGAAAAAGAGCCUUGCUGUUGGUGGUUAGCUAAAGUGAGGAUGAUAAAGGGUGAGUUUUAUGUAAUAGAAUAUGCAGCAUGUGAUGCCACAUAUAAUGAAAUUGUCACAAUCGAACGUCUACGAUCAGUUAAUCCCAACAAACCUGCCACAAAAGAUACUUUUCAUAAAAUCAAACUGGACGUGCCAGAAGACUUACGACAAAUGUGUGCCAAAGAAUCGGCACAUAAGGACUUUAAAAAGGCAGUUGGUGCCUUUUCUGUAACUUACGAUCCAGAGAAUUAUCAGCUUGUCAUUUUGUCUAUCAAUGAAGUCACCUCAAAACGAGCACACAUGCUAAUUGACAUGCACUUUCGGAGUCUGCGCACUAAGCUGUCUCUGAUACUGAGGAAUGAAGAAGCCAGUAAGCAGCUAGAGAGUUCAAGGCAACUUGCCUCGAGGUUUCAUGAGCAGUUUAUCGUACGAGAAGAUUUGAUGGGUCUGGCUAUUGGUACUCAUGGUGCUAAUAUUCAGCAAGCUAGAAAGGUACCCGGGGUCACUGCUAUCGAUUUAGAUGAAGAUACCUGCACAUUUCACAUUUAUGGAGAGGAUCAGGAUGCAGUGAAAAAGGCUAGAAGCUUUCUGGAAUUUGCUGAAGAUGUAAUACAGGUUCCAAGGAACUUAGUUGGCAAAGUAAUAGGAAAAAAUGGAAAACUGAUUCAGGAAAUUGUGGACAAGUCAGGAGUCGUGAGGGUGAGAAUUGAGGCUGAAAAUGAGAAAAGUGUUCCCCAAGAAGAGGAAAUUAUGCCACCAAAUUCCCUACCUUCCAGUAACUCAAGGGUUGGACCUACUCCCUCAGAAGAAAAAAAACAUAUAGAUAUAAAGGAAAACAGCACUCAUUUUUCUCAACCUAACAGUACAAAAGUCCAGAGGGUGUUAGUGGUUUCAUCAAUUGUAGCAGGGGAAUCCCAGAAACCUGAACUCAAGGCUUGGCAGGGUAUGGUACCAUUUGUUUUUGUGGGAACAAAGGACAGCAUUGCUAAUGCCACUGUUCUUCUGGAUUAUCACCUGAACUAUUUAAAGCUCCAACAGAGGAAGAGAGGGAGAACUUUCUGCGCAGAGGAGACGGUCGACGGCGUGGUGGUGGAGGAAGAGGACAGGGAGGAAGAGGACGCGGAGGUGGCUUCAAAGGAAACGACGAUCACUCCCGAACCGAUAAUCGCCCGCGUAAUCCAAGAGAGGCUAAAGGAAGAACAGGAGAUGGAUCCCUCCAGGAAGGGCCACAUCCCGAGAAAAGCAAAGCAUCUGCAUGAAGUACGUCAACUGAGCCCGUGAGACAUCAGUCAAAUCCGUGAUGACCUACCAGAUCUAUGUCCAGACCCACCACAGUAACAAAACCACCAUGAAGGGCUUUCAUUUGCCUUACAAAGAAGCUACAGACACUCCCAGAGCCUGCACACCCUGGCAGCUUCGUAAGCAUUUAAUUCAGGGUGAACUCGGUCAUACUGCAGAAGACAGGACUGACUCGUGCUGGAAGAUACAUCCCAUAGGCCUCCUGCCCUUACAUCGUUUGAACAUGCUCUCUAGGUAUAAGGUUGCAUUUCACAUCCUCCAGUCAGAUAGCCCUCAUGGAUUUAAGGCUGUGACAGACUACCUUUGCCACAUGCCAGAGAAGGUCAAGAGAGACUUCAGACCAUGAUGCAGAUCUUACAUUUAAGAUAGAAGAGGAAGGAAGGAGGAUUGGGUAGGAAGGAUCUUAGACUGUAAUACAGCUCCACACAAGCUUCAACCAGGCUGAUCGGAAGUUCUUGAGCCAGAGUCACCUGUUCCGGGGAUUCUUCCACUCGUAGGAAUGGAUCUGCAUUAGUACCUCCACCGUGCUCAAUUAUUGGCUGGAAAUUGUCUACAGGAACCAUGACCUUGGCACAAACAGCAGUGGCUCCAGAAGGGUAGCAACUGGGGCUGUCAGGCAAUUAAGCUCGCCACAACAGAUUGAAGUGGCAUACUUGUGGUGGCACCACACUACAUAAUAAUAACCGCCCCCCUUUUUUUAGACCUGCAUUGACCGUAGUGAGUAGCUGGAAAGUUUUUACUGAAGAGAUCCUGGAAAUGUCGAUGAAUACAAAUUUGAAAUGGGAUCCGGUAUCCUCUCCCACUGGGGAGACAGCUUUGACACUGGGUUUGUCACAUACCUCUUCAAGCUCAGGAUACUCCUGUGGUUCUUAUCCUCAUGCAAUAAGUCCCCUUUGCACUGUAGCCAUCUUCCUUGAUUUCAAGCGAUCGCCUUUGGUAAGGGAAUCGUUAGCCCUGGGUCUGUCUGGAGCUUUUCACUCCAGGAUGUAAAAUAAGGCCUGGUUCUUUCCUGAGGGGAGUUCAUGGACCCCAACUGGUUGGGCGUGGACAGGUCCAACCCUGGGAAGCAAGUAGAAGAUCGAGGGGCAAAGCACUUCUCUUUUCCUAGUCCAGAUAUGGACAGACUACACCUGUCUGGGGCAGUGAUCACAGCGCCAACUAUCACAACCCUAGAUAUGUCACCCCCAAUUUGAUUUGGCUAUGAGGGAUCUUACCAGCCCCUCACUAUCAAGCAAGGCCUCUGCUAUUACUUCUACCGGGCAAGGGGAUUCAGCCACUCUUUGCCUCAGCUUUCUAUACACAUGUGUCCAUGGCCUGUGAUGUCCGUGCUAAAUGGGUGCAGAGAUUCACCUUGGACCCAACUCAAAGCAGCAUUUGUGUUCUUCUCACCCACUGUCGGGACUACUUUUUCUGUGUAGUAAGACAGCCUCCCUUUCUCUCCCCUGCCUCCUGUUUGGAUCCAGGGUUACCUGCUUCCUGAGAAUAGCCAUGCAACCCUUCAGUAAUCAAAGAUCCACUGGGCACAGACUAUAUAUGCCCAGCUUCUGGUGCCAUUAGCAGGAUCUACCUGGGGGCUUUGGGGGCACAGUUUAUCACCACCUUACAUGGGUUGUCCUCCCACCAAGAGGUGUUUCUAAGGCUCACCUGAGGAGAUUACCAAUGAGUUAGCUGGGGUUUCGCUCCUAAAGAUAUUCUUGAUUCCCUACCUCUGCUUGUGUUGGAUACCUGCAUAACUUUGUGUUAUUUACUGACUAGGCAGUGUGCACUGUGGCCGCCAGCUCCUGCUGUUUCUGGCUGAAUACCUCACUGCAAGUGAAGCUGUCCAACAUUAACUAUAGGAGCUAGCCACAGGGCUCUAAACCACCGCCUCCCAUCUAAGGCCUCCAGUUCUCAUGCUGAACUUUGUAUUAUUAUUUAGGACCCUCUUCAUUUUACAACGUCUUCUUUGCCACUGUCACCAACUCCAGAAACCCCACUGACAAAUCCAAUUGGUUUCUGGGCCCAAUGGGAAGGCAGGUUUCACUGUGGGAUAAUGACAACAUGAGAUCGCGUGCUCAUCUUGCUAACACUUAGGCUCGUAAGUUAUCCCAAUCAAACCUAUGCUUGUGCCCGUUGUACAUGACUCGUGCUUUCUUUCACUCACCUUCCAAAGAUGGAUUAAAGGGAGCACGACUAGGGGCAGGGAGGCCAGGCUGUUGGAAUAAUGAGCCAAUGCAGUGACAGUGAGAAUGGAGAUGGUAGGAUCCCUAGCAUAGUUGGGAGGUAGGAUCAGUGAGACUUGGUGUUAUCAUGUGUGGGGAAAGAGAAAGGGAGGAAACUAGGGUUAUGAUUCACACAGUUUGGGCUUAAUAGUUUUCUUUUAGAGGAAUGAGGAUUUAUUCAUUCAACUAAUGUUGUUUAAACAUACGCCAUGAGUCAAGCCGUGUAUUUGAUGCAGGAGAUGCAGAAGAAAAAGACACUGGGCAAAGAAAAAUUAGCAUAAAAUAAUAGAUAAUUACAGGAACAAAUGGAUAUCGUGCCUCCUCAUAUGAUGGACUGAGAAGGGCACCAUUCACUCGGUGGUGUUCCUAUUUACAAAAUUACUAAGCUUCAUCUAAUAAUGUGGAAACAUCAGACAAGCUCAAACUGAUGGACACGUUACAAAAUAAAAGGCUCGUACUUGUCACCAUUAUUGAGGUCACAAAGGACAAAGAAAUACUGAGGCACUGUUUCCAAUCAAAGCAUACUAAAAAGACAUGACAGUUAAGCGCAACAUGUGGUCCUGCACUGGAUCUUGAACCAGAAAAUACUGUCAUCUUCUGUUACAAAGGACAUUAUUGGGAAACUGGGCUAUGAAUAGGGUCUGCAGAUUACAUAAUAGGACAAUGCUACUUUCCCAUUUCUUAUCAUUGUACUGUGAUUGUAUAAGAGAGUGUUCUUGUUUUUAGGAAAUACAGGAAGUAUUUAGAAGCAAAGGGGUAAGGUAUGAACUGAAAGAAGUUUCAAGCAGCAGCACAGCGGCUAAGCACGCUUGGACUCUGAGGUUAGACUGCGGGAGUUCUAAUUCCAGCACCGUUGUUUCCUACCCAUGAGGCUUUGGGCAAGUUACUGAACAUUCCUAGAGAUGGCGUGAGAGUGGAAGGAGCACAUGUAAAGCACUCAGACCUGUGUCUGGCACGUAUGCAUAAUCAAUGCUGGCUGCAUUUAAGCUAUUUUGCCUCUGUCCUGUAACUACAGAGAGAAAUGGGGCCUGGCUCCCUAGUUCAAGGAGCCACGGUCUAGUGGAAGAAAUAAGAAGGUUAACAGAUAAAAACAAAUGCAUGCAGUGCGUGUUCUGCUAGGGAUUUGAGUGGAGGGUAACUGAGGCUGAGCAACGAAUUCUGCAAGAGGAAGUCAGGAGAAGUUUCACAGGGGGGCUUGUGGUUUGAAACGGAUCACCAGGGACGAACAAAGAGUUUGGCAAGGAUGCACUUUUCCCACUUUUGUCAGGCCAAGGGCCUCAUCAGUGCAAAAGCAGAGGGUUGUGGAAAGGGCCUUAUGUACUAGGGUGUGGUGUGGGUGAUGCGGAAGGGCCAGCACUGACUGCCAGUCAGUUGACACAGGUUCAGAUCCCAGCUGCAAUAGCACCUGCAGCCUCGCACAAAUCACACAAUCUCUCCGAGCCUCAGUUUCCCCGAAAUAGGGAGAUAGUAACAUUCACCUUGGGCCUGUUAGGAGGAUUAAUGUCAUGUGCUUAGCACAGUACCCCCGUCCGUAAAGGAUAGCUGUUAGUAUUAAUGCUAGUGUUAGGCAUUUCUAGGGUUCACCACCUUUCCUGAUUCCUCCUUCCCUCCGGGCACAGGCCUCCUCUGAGUGAAGGCCGGCCCUGUUACUUCCUUUGGCCGCUGAGGUGAAAGCAGAAAGGCACGUGUCCUUUCUGGGCUGAAGCGUUGAAGAGCCAGGAUGCUGUGAUUCUCCACGCUCUGUUCCCCUGACGCACUGGUACCCGUGUUGGGCACGUAGUGUGAGCAGGCAAUAAACCUUUGUUCUUUAAGGUACCACAACUUUGGCAUCUUGUUAUCUUUAGCCACCCUCAUAAACCUUGAAGAAUCAGACUUUUCGAGACCCUUUGGUGCUCCAUGCCAAUUCCAGUUAGGGGAAAAUGGGCAUUCUUGGUGCACCACCUUGGUGCCGGGAUGAUAAAAAUGGAUAGAAGAGCCAGAAGCAUGUGUGUUUAACAGAAGAACUGAAACUCAGUGUAAACAAAGAAAACUCAUCCUAUCUUGCAAAAGCUCAAACAGUGAGUGGAGGAGGUGUUUCACAUUCACGCGCCAUACGAUUAAUGGUGUUGUGACCUGAUCUUAUAGGAAAGUUUCAG